AUGCGGUAUCACCUCUUGGCGGUCGCGGCCAUGGCCGCCACCGGCUGGGCGCAAACAGCACCACCCAACAUCACGACGCGCCCGUUCGAAGUCGACGUCGUUUUCCCGGGCAACGAGGUGUACAAGCAAACCGAGAUCCUGCCCAUCGUUCUGGCUGUGCAGAACCUGACAGAAUGGACCGUUGGCAACUUGAGCAUGGUGUGGGCGUGGGACAUUAUUUCCUACUACGGCGUGUACCCAGCCACACCAGGAGGCCUUCUCGCCUCUGGGCAAUUCCAAGUCCCCAGCGACGCGUCAUCGUCCACGGGCCCGACAUACCUCGUCGCCAUCACCAACGCUAGCCAGUGGCACCCAAUCCACAACCCUAAUCACUAUGGCGAGACGUACUUGCUGCAGUGGCACGCGACCUGGUACACGUCCAGCGACAGCUGCGACACAGCGGCGAACUACCGCGCGCUCGGCGUGUUCAGCGACGCGGUGCAGUUCGACGUGCAGACGGCGGAGGAGCUGGACCUGCUGCAGCGCGCGAACGAGACGAACCCGGCCGUCGACGCCGUCAUCCCGCAGGCGCCCGCGUGCCCGCGGUUCGACAAGGCCGCGCGGAUCACCUACAACGCGGCGACCACCGCGUGCCAGCUCGCCCUGCAGACCGUCAGCGCUGCGCCAGGCGACCCCUGCGCCGCCAAGCUCGACGCGGCCGCUGCGAGCAGCAUCUCGAGCCGCGUGGCGAGCCUGUCGUCGAGUCUGGUCGCGACGCGGACGACGGCGACGCCCACGGCCGUCAGGACGUCGACGAGCAGCGCCGGCGCGGGAGCGGCCCGCCCCCUGCAGACUGCGUUUGCGGCGGCGUGCGUCCUGUGCGGCGUCGCCUUUUCUUAG